AUGCCCUUCGAAUACAAACACGUUCUCGUUAUCGGCGCCACCUCCGGCAUUGGAGAGGCGCUGGCUGCGAAGCUUGUGCAGAAUGGCGUCCAUGUCAUUGUCGCCGGGCGCAGACAGGACAAGCUCGAUGCAUUUGUCAAAAAAUAUGGAAGCGAGAGAGUCAACGCAAAGGUCUUUGAUGUCAUGCAACUCGAUAAGAUUCCCCAGUUUGCUUCUGAGGUCAUGUCUGAAACUCCUAACUUGGACUGUGUUUUCGUCAACUCCGGCAUCCAGCGGCCUUUCGACUUCUCCCAGCCCGAGACCAUCGAUCUGGACGUCUUCGACCAGGAGUUGAUCACCAACUACACUUCCGCUGUCCGGAUCGCAAAAGCUUUCAUCCCUCAUCUCCAGAAGCGACAGUCUGAGGCUGCCAUUGCAUUCACUACCUCUCAGAUGGCCCUGGUUCCGAUGAUGCGCUGCCCGAACUAUGGUGCCUCAAAGGCUGCCCUGCACCACUUCAUUCUGGCUCUGCGCACACAGUUGAAAGAUGGCCCCGGAAAUGUUAAGGUCAUUGAGAUAUACCCACCUGCCGUGCAGACGGAACUCCACGACGCCAAGCACCAGCCUGACCUGAAGGACGGCCACAUGAUUGGCAUGCCUUUGCAACAAUUCGUUGAUGAAACGUGGAUCAAGCUGUCGAGUGGCGAGGAUCAAAUCCCAGUUGGCUCGGCCAAAGAAGUCUUUGGCGGGUUUGAGACCAAGAGACAGGAGCUUUACCAGUCCAUGACAGAAAUGCUCUCUGGACUGCUGAAGCAAUUCUUGCGGUAG